AGGGAGGGAUAGAUAGCGAGAUGGAAGAGUAGUGGCUGUGGGGGGUUGGGUAUUUGUGAUUAGCCUGGAGUUGAUCCCUAAGGAGCAGAUGGUGGAUGGUGGCUUACCUACAGAAGGCGACUUGAAUCCCAGGAUCUAGUUUGUGUCCACGCCGAAAGGAGUAGCACUGUUGUUGAGAAGGACCCAGAACAAAGGCUCAUGAGACGGGACCGCCGGGAGACAGAGACCGCAUAACGAGACGCAGUCGGGACGUGGCGCCAUGUUGCCUAGAGACCUGGGCGUAGCUGGCGAGGUGCUGCUGCUGCUAUUGCUGAUCUGUGUCCGGCGCCUGCAGGGCUCCGCUCUGCCUGCUCUUUCCUCCUACGAGUUCACAGCCUACAGGAUGCAACAGUUCAACCUGGCACAGAGGACGCAUGGUUGCCGUGGGGCCAUCGUGGUGGCGGAGGCGCGCUCGGCAGACGAACCGGUGCUGACGCGCCGCUGCGUCGUCAUGAAGGUGCCGGACUUCACCACAGAAAAUUACCUCGAGGCCCAGAGGCAAAGUGCUGCUGCCGUCCUGAUCCUGCUGCCCAAAAACAUCUCCGCUCUCCCCCAUGACGCUGUACAGUCCUUCAUGGUGAGUGAGAGCGAGGCCUUGCUGAAGGAGACCCUCAUGCCGGUGUAUGUGGUGCCUGAGGACGAGCAGCUGCUUUAUAUGUACGAGGAGGUCAAGCAAGCCGCAGCCGCCAGGACUUCAUCUGUAUUCGUCAGAGUGCUUCGAAGUAUGGUUACAGCCACGGCCUUCCAGAUCUUAGUGAGCAACAAUGUCCCCAUUAAGGGCACCACUGACAACAUCAUCACCACACUGGAGGGAGUGCUGCCCGGCACGGGGGAGGAUGCCCCCACCGUCGUCGUCACUGCCCACUAUGAUUCCUACGGGCUGGCACCAUGGUUGUCGUACGGAGCGGACUCUAAUGGCAGUGGCGUCACCAUCCUACUAGAGUUGGUGCGUCUCUUCCAGAAGCUUUAUAGCAGCCCCGGCACCAGACCACCAUAUCAUUUAAUGUUCUCCUUAACUGGAGGAGGAAAGUAUAAUUUCCUGGGCACAAAGAGAUGGAUUGAAGAUAAUCUGGACCAUGCCGAGUCCAGUCUGCUGCAUGACAAUGUGGCAUUUGUUCUGUGUUUGGAUACGCUGGGAAACAGUGAUGAACUGUACAUGCACGUGUCCCGCCCUCCCAAAGCCGACACUCCCAUGCACUCUUUCAUCCAACAGCUGGAAGAGGUGGUGUCCUCCAGAUUUCCCUGGGUGAAGGUGGGAUUGGUCCACAAGAAGAUCAAUCUCGUGGAGUCCACAUUAGCGUGGGAGCAUGAACGCUAUAGCCUGCGCAGGAUACCAAGUUUUACUCUGUCUCAUCUGGAAGACCCCAAAUCUGAGUUACGCGGCUCCAUGCUUGACACCAUGUCACAAGUGGACUCCAGGAAGAUGAAGCGAAAUGGCAUCAUCAUAGCAGAAGCACUGGCACGUUAUAUGUACAAUUUCUCUGACAAGGAUUCACCAAAAGAUAUGCAAGUUUUCAAGGGUCAAUUGGAGUUUCACGACAGUCGCAUGGCCAGUGUGAUGUCAUUCCUCACGUCGGUGCCUCGAGCUGCCCAGCUGCUGGAUAAGGAACCCGGCCACAUACUGCUGGUCAACUCACUGGAGCACGAGUUCAAACAUUACCUGCAGCAAGUCCACAGACACGCCUACCGACAGGAUAGGAGGGACCCUGAUAUCACCUUUUUUGAUCAGAUGAACCAACCUAUAGUGAUGUACAGAGUGAAACCUGCGGCCUUCGAUCUCUUCCUCGGAGGCUGCAUUGCCGCCUAUUUAGGGAUUGUUUACUAUACCAUCCAGAAUUUUAGUUAUCUCUACGCAAAACUCAAAGCGGCAGUGAAAUCCAAGCGCGAGUAAAUAAAACUGAAUACUGAGUCGAUGUGAAGGGCUUUGAAGUCUGCAUUGCACACGUUGGACCCCUGCUCGACUGGCUGUGCAGAAGUUGAAAGCAUUGCAGCACGAAUCCUCUAAGACCAUGAGCACAAUUUACAACUUGUGCAUUACCUUUGAAAUGUAUAUUGUUUUCAUAAAUACACUGUAUUGUAGACCA